GGGCCGGGGCCGGGGCCGGGGGGAGUGGGGAUCCCUGGAGCUCCAGCGCUGCCCUCCCACUCUCCCUCCUCUCCAAGUCGCAGCUGCCGGCCCUCCUCCUCCCCCUUCCUAGUCCCCUUCUGGCUCCUCCUUCAGUCCCCUCCCUCCCACCUCCCCUUCCUCUCUCCGCUUCCCCUCUCCUCCUCUCCUUUCUCCUCUUGCCCCUCCCCCUUCCUGCCUCCCUCCCCGGAGUUCCCCUUGGCCCUCCCCCGCUCCCUCUUCUUUUCCUUCUCUCGCUCCUCCUCUCCCUCUGCUCCCCCCCACCAUCUGGGCCCCCUCCCCCCGCCCAGAUCUCCGCCCCUUCUCCGGUCUCCGCCCCACCCCCAGGCCCAUCCCCACUGCCCCAGGCGCCCGCGAGCAGAGCUCGGGCUCUGGCCACAAAAGCCUCCUGGGCUCGGGGAGGGUUCCGGUCUUUCCGUUCCGUUUCGCUUCGUUCCAUCCGUCUCGUCCGCCGCCCGCCUACCAGCCAUGGCCCCAUCUUUCCGGCCCAGCCGAAGCCGCCCCGGGCGGGAGGAAGAGGAUUUCUGGGAGGCGAAGGGAGACCGAAAGGCCAGGAAGCCGCUGGUAGAGAAGAAGAGGCGAGCCCGGAUAAACGAGAGUCUGCAGGAGUUGCGCCUGAUCCUAGCUGACGCCGAGUUUCAGAUGAAGAUGGAGAACGCCGAGGUCCUGGAGCUCACGGUGAAGCGAGUGCAAGGCGUCCUGCAGAGCCGCUCGCUGGAGUCGGACAAACUCCACCGGGAGGCCAGUGAGCGCUUUGUGGCUGGCUACAUCCAGUGCAUGCAUGAAGUACAUAUGUUCGUCUCCACUUGCCCGGGCAUCGAUGCUGCCAUCGCUGCGGAACUCCUCAACCACCUGCUGGAGUCCAUGCCCCUCAACGAAGGCGCCAGCUUCCAAGCCCUGCUGGGAGAUGUUCUGGGGGAGGCUGCAGCAGCUGGGCCAGGGGGCAGCCUGUGGCCGGGGGGAGAUGGCCUGGGCUCCCCUGCGGGCCCUUUGUCCCCUCUGGCCAGCCCUCUGUCCCUGUCGCCUAGCGAGGACGUUUGCUCGGAUCUAGAAGAGGCCUCCGAGGUAGAACUGAGCCAGGCGGCCCAGGAAGGGCUGGACACUGCCCCCUGCUUGCCCAGUGGCCUGGCUUCCUCUGCUGUUUCCAAGUGUAUGUGGAGACCUUGGUGAUGGAGACUGAGCUGAGGGAGGGGAGGCCCCUGAGCUGCCUCAGUGGGUGCGAGGGGGAUGGGGUGCCCCUGGCUGGCUCCUCCUCCUUGUGGACCCCCUCCCACCCUUUCCUUGGCCUCCUGCUCCAGGUCCAGGCUGGGCACAUUGGCUGGAUCCUAGAUCUUGGAGUGUGUCUACUGUCUGAGAUUGUAGGCACACCAAGUAGGUGGCCAGAGGGCUCCUAGCCGGGCAGCUGGACUUUGCCCAUGCCCUUUGUGUCUUGGGGAGGGGGGUUUCUUUUUUUUUCUUUUUAGCUUUUCUUGGCUCCACCUUUGUCUAUGGGGGGAUGGGGGACCGGUAGCAGCCCAAGGAAGGGCCCAGUUAGUCUGUCCCCCCUCCCCCAAAGACAAGGUCUGGGAGCCUCCUACUUUUUUCUGCCUGUGAGGGGGUGUGGCCUGGGGUAGCUGAGGAAACUUAGGGACCUGUGAACCCUCUUCACUUUACAUAUCACCCAAGUGUCCUAGAGAAGGGAGCACACAAAAUCCCAGUCAGGGCUUAGUAUUGACUUCCUAGUCACUCGUUUAGUCACUCGACAAACAGACCUAGUGUGUGCUGAGUCUCUUCCCUCCAGGCACUUACAGUCUAAUGAUGGAUAGUUAUUAGCGAGGGGGAAGCCUAGAGAAAGCAGAGAAGGAGAGGGAUCCAAGAUGCCCAGUGCCAUCCUCCUGCAAGGGGCUUGCUGAGAAAAGAGCCUUCUGAGUGGAUUGCAUUUGGCAGAGUCUGAAAUGGUGUAUCUGAGGGCACCACCCACUUUGUUGGGAAAGCAUCUUUAAUUCUGCAAAAGCCCAGCUUCUUAGCUUUGGGCCUGCAGUUGGUCCAACCCACUGGGAUACCUUAAGACUCAGCACUUAUUUCCUAGAUGGGAUGUCUCGAAUUCGCGCAAAAUGUUUUCUUUUUCAGAGUUAGAUUAGAGAAAACAAUGUCCUGCUGGAGGCAGCCCCUUGGGAGGAAGUGUUCAGAGGAAGGGCCUCCCAGUGUAAGCCAGACCCCCCCAGCCUUCUGUAUUAGCAGGGUCCAGCACUUCCCACUCUGCUCUGGGGUGCUCGGGAACCCCAGCCUCCCUCUUCCGUGUAUGUCUCCUGCUCUUACCAGGAGAGACUGAGGCUCUCUGGUCCCUGCUGGGGAGCAGGCAGGGAUGGGCUAACCUUGGCUGAAAAGGGGGAGAGGCUUGAAGUACCCCCGGAAAGUCGGGCCAUUGCAAAGCCCUGGAAACCAGGGCUUGAAAGGGGAGGACCAGAAGCCUCUGGGAGGAGCCUGGAUUGCUCUUUUGGGCCAUGUGCUACUGUUGUGAGUCUCAGACAAUAAAAUGAAUAUGGAAUGAUGAAA